AUGGCGGCAUCUCCUCCUGCCGCAUCGCCGCUGCUGCUUGCAGCGGGCUGCUGCAGCGUCUUGCUCAGCCUCGAGCGCCUGCACGCGGCCGCCCUGUCUCGGAAUCGAGGCGCCGAGGUGACCUUCGGGGAGUCCCCAGCCUAUCACUCACAUGGACUCGACACCGCAGAAGACCAGUUCGCGAAUCUCACUGCUGUCGAUUUCGAGUCGAUGAUGGACCCCGAGAAUGCCCAGCCUCUCGUGGAGCUGACAGAGGCGGAGUGCGGGGAUACGCCCGAGGGAAGCUCGUGCUACCACGCCGUCAUGUGGCUCCUGAUGGGAGGCUUUGACCGACACCCCGACUGGUACCCCGGGUACUCGAGCGAGUCCAGUUUCCACGAGGUGCAGUCCAUGCUGCACAGCAUCGGCAAGGGUCACUGUACGGAGCCGUGCGAGUCCGCCGCCCAGAGGCAGCAAGCGCCGGGGGCGUCCACGAGCUCGCCUCCAGCCUCCCCGGGCUGCCACGACGCCGUCGAGGGCGAGUGGUGCUUCCAGUCCCUCUCGUGGCUGAAGGCGAGGGGCAUCACGCUGCACCCUGCGCGGUACCCCAACCUGCACCCUGGGUCCACGACGGGCGAGAUGCAGGCGGAGUUGCACCGCCUGGGCAAGUCGCAAUGCAGGGAGCCCUGCACGUCAUGGAGCCACGCCGCACAGGACGGGGAGAAUAGCUCCGACCAGGGGAACGCCUCCGACCAAGACUUGGCGUCGGAGUCGCCAGCGGAGCCCCAGGAGGCACCCGUUGAGGCCUCGAACACGAGCGAUGCGUGCGACGACGCCGAGCCGCUCAGCCAGUGCUACCUGGCAGUGAAGUACGCGAUGUCGGAGGGCAUCCGGACGUCGCCGGACGUUUUCCCGGGCCUCGCGCCCGGCGCCACCUUCCGGCAGGUCCAGGAGAGCUUCCACUCGCGGGGGCGCUACGCCUGCGCCAGGCCCUGCCCCUUGCCGGACACGAAGAAGCCCGUGGACCAGAUGAGCGAAGAGGCCCGGGAGGCGGGGCAGAACGCAACGGUGGACGUGGCUGCAGAUGGUGCCGCCCAGGCCCCGGAGGUGGGGCAGAACGCAACGGUGGACGUGGCUGCCGAUGGUGCCGCCCAGGCCCCGGAGGUGGGGCAGAACGCAACGGUGGACGUGGCUGCCGAUGGUGCCGCCCAGGCCCCCGAGGCGGGGCAGAACGGUGGACGUCAGCUGAACUCUGCGCGGGGAGAGGCCGCUCAGAGCCUGUCUUCGGGCAGGCUGUCUGAAGCUCUACAGAGGGGCUCCGGCACCGCGGGACGCGCGGCAGCCGAGGCCGCAUCGAGAGAGGCCCCUGGCUCGCCCCAACAGGCAGAGGCAGGGCCAACCGAGUUCGCAAACUCGACCAUCGAUGCCAAGGUUCCCAGGUCGCCGGAGGAGUGGGCGGCCCUGCUGAAGCAGCAGGUACUCAGGCAGCUCGAGCAGGCUGAGAACGAGACCGAUGACCCCCGAACACUGGCCGCGAUUAGGAAAACCAAAGCUGAUUUUCAGGCUGCAUCAUCUGGCGCAAUGAAGGCAGCAGAAGACAACCAGGCGAGUAAGGCUCUUGAGGAUGAUAUUGAGAGUGCUUCGCUUCCAUACGUCGACGAUCACGGUCUCGAGAAGACCAUUAAGGAGAAAAGUGCAGAGGUGGAGUGGAAUAUGAACCAGACUUUGGAGAACCAGCUCGGUGAGACGGAGGAGGAAAUGACGGCGAGAUUGGCAAAGCAGAUCCUCGCAGAGUUCAAUCAGGCACAGAGCUCAACCACUCAGAAAGUGGAGACGGAGGAGGAGAUGACUGCCAGAUUGACGAAGCAGAUACUUGAAGAGUUCAGUCAGGUGGUUGCCCCCGGUCGGGACAGCUUCCGCUUCCGUCAGGACAGCUUCCGUCAGGACAGCUGGUCGUACAUGUUAGCGCCGGAAGAGCGGGACGAGGACGAGGGGCUGGAGCAGGAGACGGCAGGUUCCGCUCCCGCACGGCUCGCCAUGAGCUCAGGCAGGGCGGCGUGCUUCGGCGCGCCGCAGCGCCGCCGGAGGUGCCUGUGCUUCCCGGAGACGAUCUUCGGCUUGGACGUCGACGACGUGUUCGCGUACACGGCCGCGAAGAGCGUGAGGAUACGAGACAUGCGCCUGGGACUGCUCCACUACGCGCUGAUGACGGGCAUAUUCGCCCUCCGGCGCAUCGUUGUUUACCAAUUGAUAUACAAUUGGGGGUAUCUCAAGUUCUCAGAUCCGAAAGCCGCAGUACGAUUGACAAUGCAGCAGCCUACGGCAGACGGGUGCAAUCCGAAUGACCCCCAAUGCGAUGACGCUUUUGUGGCGUUGGACCACUUGCCAUAUUGUUGCCAGCCCAACGCCAGCUGUAAAAGCAAUGGUGAUGGCAGUUGUAGUUGCGACUUCCGCCCUAAUUUCAAAAACUAUAACUGCACAUACCUCGACGGAGCUGAUGCACAAACAACGCGGGAGAGCUCGAUCUUCGUCUCCACUUUCACGCACGUCUACUCCCAGAAGCGCAACCCAGACUGCUUCUCAAGCGUCUCCGCCGGCAAGAAUGAGUGUGAGAAGUUGUGGCUUCCCCGCGACGGCCUGUCCCCUGCCGACACAAUGGCGUUCACCGCGAACAUCGAGGACUACACGAUUCUCAUCGACCAUUCCGUGACGGGUUCGAAUGACCACGCGUACACCUCGAGGCAGAUGGAGGGUCGGCUGGCCAUUACAGGGAUUGGCCCAGCCCAGGAUCUCCUGUGCAAGAGCUACCCGAACGCUACCGCUGCAGGUUCGAGCUGGACGGGCAUCCUGUUCGACACUGGUGUGCCCGCCGUCCGGGCGCCGUGCCUCCUGAGACCGAGGGCGGUGGAGGGCAUCCCGGGCGCGGACGUGUUCAGGAUCGGGACGCUGAUGGAGGCGAUGGGCGUGCAGUUGGACAACCGCAGCUACGACGGCAGCAAACACUCCAGGCGCCACGACGGCCUUGUCGUGAAGAUCUCGAUUCAGUAUCACAACGUGCGGCUGUGGCGUCUGUCUACGCUGCAGACGCCGUACUACUUCUACAAUGUCAGCAUCAUCAACGGAAGCACGUACAAGGAGGUCGACGUCGUGUUUUCGAAUUUCCCCACCGAGAGGGAAAAGUUGGACAAGCACGGCAUCCUCUUCGAGGUAAGCAGCGCAGGCCAGCUGGCGAGCUUCAGCGCGACAAAUUUGUUGAUCCAGCUCACGACGAGCCUCACUCUGCUGGCGAUGGCGACGGUGAUCGUGAACGUGAUGGCACAGUACGUCCUCAAGUUCAGGCACUACUACCAGGAGGCCCUGUACGACGUCACCGUCGACUUCUCGGACCUGCGGAGGGUGCACGAGAUGACGGACCUCCAGCUCGAGACCGAGCUGAGGAACAGGAACCUGGAGCCCAAGCCUGGGCCGCGCCAGCGGCGUGUGACACAGCUGCUGGAGUCCGGGUUCGAGCCGACGUCAGGUGCGGCGUCCUUUGUCAGCGCUGGCGGCCGAUCUCCCAGCGCGCUCGCUCACCCGCUGCAGGGCGAGGCGUAG